AUGGCUCUGCUGCUCGCCUGGGCGUGUGUGGCUGUGAGCGUGGGGACAGCGCUGGGGGACCAGGGCGACGGGGCGGACCUCUACUCGGAAAACAUCACUCGCAUCCUCGACAAGUUGUUGGACGGCUACGACAACAGGCUCCGACCGGGAUUUGGAGGCGCCGUGACAGAAGUCAAGACGGACAUCUACGUGACCAGCUUCGGGCCGGUGUCCGACGUGGAGAUGGAAUACACAAUGGAUGUCUUCUUUCGUCAGACAUGGACUGAUGAGAGGCUGAAGUUUAGUGGGCCAACUGAAAUAUUGAGACUGAACAAUUUAAUGGUCAGUAAAAUUUGGACACCAGACACGUUUUUUAGAAAUGGAAAAAAAUCAAUUGCUCACAAUAUGACAACUCCUAACAAACUUUUCAGAAUUAUGCAGAAUGGAACUAUUCUUUACACUAUGAGACUAACCAUUAAUGCUGACUGUCCUAUGAGGUUGGUGAAUUUCCCAAUGGAUGGACAUGCUUGUCCACUGAAAUUUGGAAGCUAUGCUUAUCCAAAAAGUGAAAUAAUUUAUACUUGGAAAAAAGGACCAUUGCAUUCAGUAGAAGUACCCCAGGAGUCUUCCAGUCUUCUCCAGUAUGACCUCAUAGGACAAACUGUAUCUAGUGAAACAAUUAAAUCUAACACAGGUGAAUACGUAAUCAUGACAGUUUAUUUCCACUUGCAAAGGAAGAUGGGCUACUUCAUGAUACAGAUAUACACUCCUUGCAUUAUGACAGUCAUUCUUUCUCAGGUGUCUUUCUGGAUUAACAAGGAGUCUGUUCCAGCCAGGACAGUUUUUGGAAUCACCACAGUUCUCACCAUGACCACCCUGAGCAUCAGCGCUCGCCACUCCCUGCCCAAGGUGUCCUACGCCACCGCCAUGGACUGGUUCAUUGCCGUGUGCUUUGCUUUUGUCUUCUCUGCACUCAUUGAGUUUGCUGCUGUCAACUACUUCACCAAUCUCCAGGCUCAGAGAGCAAUGAGGAAGGCAGCCAGGGCAGCAGCACUGGCAGCAGCACUAUCAGCAGCAACUGUACCGGCAGAGGACGAGAUUGUCUCGCAUUCUGACUCCAACUCUAACCUGAAGAAGAGAGUGAACUCCAUAGCAUCUCAGGCAGAGCAGUCUCCUGAACCCAGCAUAAUAUCAAAUACUGCAUCCCAGUGUCAACCUCUGCCUGUUCCUCCACCAGCCCCACCACAACCACCAGCCAUUGGAGGUGCAAGUAAAAUAGACCAGUAUUCCAGGAUCCUCUUUCCAGUGGCAUUUGCAGGAUUCAACCUGGUGUACUGGGUUGUUUAUCUUUCAAAAGACACUAUGGAAUUUUUUGAACCUUCAGCAAUGCCUUUUCGAAAUGACCCUCAGUCCAACUGAAGAACAGCUCAAGAUUUCAAGGAAAUCACUCAAGGUCACA